AUGCUUCCCGAGUCGGUUUUGGUUUCACUGAGAAUUCCGACGCAUGAUUGCGAAAAGGAAUAUGAAGAGGUAAUAGCAGGAAAGGCACCUAUAGCGAUGGUGGUAGCGACCAUGGACAAGUGGAGCGACCUGGACUGGUCCAAGUGCAGCGAUUAUGGGGGUAGCAUUGUUUGUGCUGAAGGCGAUGGUGUCAACUGCCAUCACUUUGGCACUCCCUACAAGUUCGACUUCCCGACUGUCUGGCAGGGGGUAGUGCGCUAUUUGAAGCCUGCUCUGUGCUCUUUCCAGUGCAAUAAUGGCUUCGUUGAUAAUGGUCGAGGCUUUGAUGUCAACAACUCUCGUCUCGCAAAGGAGAUCGCGGUUCCAAUUCUCGAUUUGGACUUGGACCGGGCGACCGACGAGCAACUGGAUCAACUGGGUGUCGAAGUCGGCCAGUGGCUUAAGUUAAACAAUACCUGCAGCUAUAACCGUGAUUGCACUCCUGGUAACUGUCGGGCGCAAGUUGCACUACCUGGGUGCACCUGUGCCUGGACACUUUUUGAAUGCACCGUCAAGACUCCUGCAGGUAACGAUGUCAACUGGGGACGCACCUCAGACUUCAACUCAGCCGAAGAACGACUCGCCCCAUAUUACACGGCAUUCAAGAGACAUGAUUACGUCGUAAAGAAAUGCAGAUUUCAAUGCUUCCAACCAAGCAGCAACAUCAAAGAGAUCCUCUCGAACUUUUGGACCAACAGCACUGCACAAUAG